CUUGCAGUGGAUUGAGCCCGCUUCUUCACACAUCCCAGGAGGAAUUGGGGAUUCUUCCUCCUAUUCCUUUUCAAUCCCUCGCUGCUGAGCCCGAAUUGCCUUCUUCACACACCCAGACUUUCACUCGCAAACCUUGAAAAAUUUCCCACAUGGCAGUUGCAAAUCCCCAUCAGCCAGCAAAUGCCCAACCCCAACUCCCUUUUCCCACUUACCAUACAGCAGUAGACCUUCCCUCUCAAGCCCGUCUCCUCUGUGAAAUCAUCGAUACCGUACCAAUUCAUGACCUCGACGCCCGUCUUGCCUCUACGCAAAUCAAGCCGGAGCCCGAGAUGGUGCAGCAGGUUUUGAAGCUUUUGUAUAAUUCCCCUUCCGCUGCCGUCAAGUUCUUCAGGUGGUCCGGGCUGGCUCGAAGGCAUAAUGAGUAUUCGUGGAAUCUUAUGGUGGAUUUGUUAGGAAAGAAUCGGUUAUUUGAGCCCAUGUGGGAUGCUGUGCGGUCCAUGAAGCAGGAAGGUGUUCUGUCAUUGACGACUUUUGUCUCGGUUUUUGGGAGUUAUUGUGCUGCUGGAAGGGUAGGUGAGGCUGUCAUGAGUUUUGACGUUAUGGAAAGGUAUGGGAUUCAACCUGAUAUUAUUGCAGUAAAUUGUUUACUGAGUGCAAUAUGUAGAGAAGAUAACCAAACCGAGAAAGCACUCGAGUUCUUUGAAAGAAUAAAAGCUAAGAUACCUCCGGAUGCAGACACAUUUGCCAUUUUAUUGGAAGGAUGGGAAAAGGAAGGGAAUGUUGCGAGGGCAAAGACCACCUUUGGGGAGAUGGUGAUUCGGGUGGGUUGGAGCCCACAGUACAUUUCUGCUUAUGAUGCAUUUCUGAAUACUCUUUUAUGUGGGUCACAGGCUGAUGAGGCAAUCAAGUUCUUGCAGGUGAUGAAGGGAAAAAACUGCUUGCCAGGUUUGAAAUUCUUUUGUAAUGCUCUUGAUAUUCUUGUUAAACAGAAUGACUCGGCUCGCGCCGUUCUGUUAUGGGGUAUAAUGGUAGGUAGUGGACUGGUUCCAAAUUUGAUAAUGUACAAUGCCAUGAUUGGCUUGCUUUGCAACAACAAUGAUACUGACAAUGCCUUCCGUCUUCUUGACGUGAUGGUUUUCCAUGGUGCUUUUCCUGAUUCUUUGACAUAUAACAUGAUUUUCGAAUGCUUGAUCAAGAAUAAGAAGGUGCGUCAAGUGGGUAAGUUCUUUAAUGAAAUGAUCAAGAAUGAGUGGUCUCCAACCCCUGAAAAUUUCACUGCUGCAAUCAUAAUGUUAUUUGAUGGCGAUGAUCCGGGGAUGGCAAUUGAGAUGUGGGAUUAUAUGGUUAAAAACAGCAUUUCACCUUGUGAUGAUGCUGCAAAUGCCUUGCUUCUUGGGUUCUGUAGUUUGGGAAGACUAACAGAGGUAAGAAGGUUUGCAGAGAAGAUGAUUGAUGGAAAACUCAUCAUCUCUGAGUCGACAAUGACAAAGGUGAAGAAUGCUUGUUAUAAAGAGGGAAGAAAUGCUCGUGAAGUGUAUGAUUAUCUUCUAAAGAAGUGGAAGUCUUCCUGUCUCUAAGCUUUUCAUUUUAGUCGUCUGUAGGCAUAUUUUUGUGUUGUUUCUUGAAGAUUUGAUAUGGCAAUUAUAAUUUGAAAAACCUCGAAAUAUGAAGUGGUGAUUUUUCAUUCAUUUCACUUUUAUGCAUAUUCAGUAGUCUCCGCUGUUGCACAGUUUUUUCAUUUCUUUUCAAAUGUGCUUCUUUUCUGGUCACAAUCCCUGCUUUUAAUAUCCUUGCAUUAUGUCUCUUUUUGUGUCCUUCGUUCUUGUUAUUAUAGUUUUCCAUUGUAAAAUGCAUAUUCAACUAAUAUUUCUCUCCUCUGUUAUUUCUUUGCUUUUCCCCUUUUGUAGGUUUUUGUUGCAUGUUCUGCCCAAUUUCGUAUUCUGAAACUUGUUUCUAUUCUUUUCUUCCUUCAUUUUCCUUCAAUUCUCUUUCUCACAUUCUUUGUUUUACUGUUCUCCUGAGAGAACAAUAAACAUAAAAUUUACAAGUCGCAGCAUGGGUACCAAGUCAUUAAAACUAUCCAUUAAAUCUCAUACUUUUGACUACAAAAUUUGAAAUGUAAAGAUACAAAGCAAGAAUGAUUGGAUCUGUGAUGGUUUAUUGAAGUAAUUGGCAAUUAUAAAGGGUUUUUGUGAUAUGCUGCAUAUUUGCAUCAAUAUAAAGGAAAUAUCCAGCACAUCGCUGAUGCAGUGAGUGGCCAAUGGCCCUUUUGCAUGUAGCAAACUCCACCAGAAUGUUCGAAGAUUUAAUAUUAAUCAUAUGAAUUUGUUGAUGUACAAAUUUGUUUCACUAGUAUUCUAGUAAAUUAGUAUGAUAAUAUGAUUAUGGCCUUAUGUUUUAUAUCGUGACAUAGGCCAUAUGCUACUGGGGGUGGGCAAAAUACCCGACAAACCGAUCUGGCUUGAUUUGGUUUGGGUCGGUAUUGAGCCCUUUCAGUUCGAUUUUUGGGUUGGGCUUUGGACCCAACUUGAAAAUUCGAUUUGGCGGUCGGGUUGGGUUUUUUGAAAAAAAAGACAAUUUAUGUUUAACUCUAAACCAUUUCAUAACAAUUCCGAAGCUCACCCAAGCACCCUCACAAUUCCCAAACCCAUUCAGGCACGACACCUAGUUCGUUUAUCUUCUACUUUUAUCCCUCUUUACAAAGUUGGUGGCCCUACCAUGAGUCCAUCCACCACCAGAUCGUAUAAACUGAUGCACCACAGCUCACGUGAAAUCCAUGAAAGAAGAUUUCAUCUUUGUUUUUUCUCCAGCUUUAGCCAUCAACACAAUGUUGCCAGGUUGGGUUGACAUCAAAUCUAGACCAGAAAAGGGAAGGAAAUGAAGAAUUUUAGAGACCAUUUAUUGAAAAUGGGGUACACUUUAUGUAGGAUUUUGAUUCUGUGGUGAUUUUUCUCUCUCCCUUUUUAUUUUUUUUAUUUUUUUUGAUAUUUCUAUGGUGAUGGUGAUGGUAAUGUCGAUUGAGGUGGUGAUUUGUGGUGGACAAUUAUAGGUAGUUGUGGUGUUGGGCUGGGAUUUGUGGCCUGAUGAUUUGGGAUCGAACAGACCCCAACAUGAUUAGGCCCCCCAAUUGGUUUAGUUUUCGGGCUGGUCUUUGAUCCAGCCUGAAAUGUCGCUGACCCAACUUUACCCAUGCCCACCUCUAUAUGCAACUGUCAUUCACUAGGCCCUUUUCGGGUAAUUCAGAGGCCUGAUUAUAACUGUUGGGAAAAUUAUGAAGGGGCCCAUUUUUUGAACUGAAGUCAUUUCAGGGUUGCUGGGCAGUAGGCAGCAGAGUGACUCAAAAACUGCUGAUAUUGUUCUGUUAUAGCUGGAACUAAAAUAUUUUAUUGCUUAACUUGUUCUUGAGGUCUGCUUGUGCUUUCUGUAAUGUCCUUGAGAGUGUGUCAAUAUACGGAUGGCUGAUUGUUGCAAAUUUAGGUUAUUAUGGUGUAAGAGUUGAGGUGUAGUGCUGAGCUGAUCAUGGCUCUGUAAAAGACAAGGGCAUCUUUGGCAAAUAAGUCCACGGUCAUAAGCCAUGUUUCCUACCAAUUGUGGUUUAAAAUGUAUAGGAGUAUGUCCCACACAAAAUAAGAAAUAAGGUCAACCUUAGUGGCCUAUUUCAACCCUUUGUUGGGCCCAUGGCUUAUAAGCCACGGGCUUAUUUGCCAAAAUGUCUGAAGUAUUUCUGCUGGGCCAGUUAAUCUCAAUCAUUGUAAUUAUAUGAUGCCAAUCAUUUAGUUCCUCAAUACAUCCAAGAAAUAAGUUCAUUCUUUUUGCUGGAUCCUUUUGUAAGGUGCUUACAUGGCACACUGGAACAAUUUCAAUAGAGAUUUUAAAUGCCGAAUUCACCUUUUUUCUUUGAUUUUCUUCAGAAGACGGGCAGGGGCAGGGGACUAAGUUUUCCCCAAUCUCUCUCCCCCAUACGAUCCUGUGAGUGUAAUAGCAGUUAUCAGUAUGCGCCCACAGAAAUUGCCCUGCUUGAAAGACCCAAAAAUCAUCGUUCUUUUGAUAUAUUUGUGUUCUGUGGCAUCUUCAACAUUUUGUCCAUUCGAUUCCACGGAAAGAGGAGGGCAGUGUUCUGAGAUGGGUGCAUCAUAGAUUCUUCUCACAUGCUACCGACCAAACGAUCUAGAUUGCACACUUGCACAGCCAUGCAGGCCAAACACUGCCUUGUGCAUUUUGGAUCAUUUGGUCCGUUUGCACUUGGUCUAGCAUGGCAUAAUCAUGUAAUAAGAACUCUUGCUCUUGUGUUCUAUAAUUGUAUCUGGUUUGCAUGUGCAUGCCUCCGGUUAAGAAUAUUUUUACAUUGAUGAAAGCUUUCCACAAGGAUGGGAGUCAUGAAAUAAUGCAAAGGUCCAUGUCUUCCUGCAAGGGAUGAUAAUUGACAUGUCAUUCAUGACAUGGUAAAUGUUAGCUUCAAAGUUUGGCUUGUGGCAAAAAACAAAGUCUGUAAGGACAAGAAACUUGAAGUAAUGCGAGUGGCCAAAUUUACCUCCAAGGGACGACAACUGACAGGUGUGUGAUAUGACACGGAAAAUUCUCAUGAUAGAUUUGACUUGUGGUGUAGAAAAACACUUCUACUCUGUGUAUGAUUUUUGGAAAAGUUGGUGGUAGUCUAUCGAUGUGUGACAGUUUCUUAACUUCUGAAGGACCUGCUAUGUUGCCUGUAAAAGAAAAUGCAGCCACAGGUUCCUAUCUCAUGAUUUUGGAUGAAUUUUAACUGCAUCUUUGCUUUGUUGAAGAUGCCCUUCAUUUAGCAGCUGUUUUCUUGUUGAAUAUAUCAAGGAGAAGAUGGCCACUUUUCCCCAUUUCUUAAGGUACAAGGCUUACCCGAGUUUCCCAUAAUGCUAGCGUAAAUCACUAUUAUCAACCUAGGAAAGCAUGCAAAAUGUUACUGAUGUGAAAGGCGUGUUAUUGCUCCUGUUCCAUUGUUAAUGCUCAUGGUUCUCUUUCCAUAUAUUAUUUCAUGAGUUGAGCUCCAGGUUCUUCGUGCGGAACAAAGUGUCGAUCAUAUUAAAAUUGAAAACAAGACUUCAUUCAGAUGUAUUUUGUUACUUGUUUGAAAGCCAGAAAAAAAUAGCAAAGACAAAGGAUUGCUUUUUGGACACAAUCUUUGCCACUACACUUUACAUGUAUUGUAUGAUGGAAGAAUACUUGUUCUGGCUUGGGGCUGUCGGGAGCUAGGAAUAUUGGACCAAGGGCAUCUUACGGAAAGCAGAAGUGAGUUUCCAGCACCAAAAGUCAGUAUGCGGGGUACAUGUAUAUGGUGGAAGGAUAACUUCUAGUUUGAGGCAGUGGAGAAAUUGGAGAGUAAGGAUAUCAUUUGAGAAAUUCUAGGGGCUCGGAUUUUUAGAAUUGAAUUUACUUUCCUAGGAGAAACAUUUCAUCCUGACGUUUUAAGAGUUAAGACUGCUUUGCUUUUGAAAUUAGAUGCAGAUGAGACUAUGAUUCUCUUGUGAAAUUGUCUUCAUAGUUGUUAUAUUUUCUAUAUCCUUUGCUUGAUAACUUUCUAACAUAUGUUAGCAGUGUAAGGAUUUUGUUCAUACUUUCCCAACGAGGACUACAGAUUGCUGUGUUGCUCUGUC